AUGGCCGCCGCAAUAUCCAUGGCCUUCCAAGAGGCGCGGAUAGAAAAGGCCUUCGAGCGCUUCUGGUCCCAAUUCUGGUCUACAGUGGGCCACUCACUUGCAACAUCCCGCAGGCCCAACCGGACUUCACACAUGCCUCCUCCGCCCACGCACUGUUCGACUCUCACCCUGGCAAGAGGGUCAGAUCGGUACAUUGCAAGCCUGGAAGCGGACUGUUCAGGGGAUAGGCUGAAGUUCGGGCGGAGUGGGACUCUGUGGGACUUGUAA